AUGACCUGGUACGCCUUCGCAGAGCCCGCCAUGUCUGGAGACAACGUAUCCGUCCUCGUCCUCGCCGAGGACUCUCAGGCAAUGGCCGCCAAGUGGCCCGACGUCCGCAACGCAUACCUCCCCGUUCUUCUCGACAGACUCCGCGCCGCCGACCCUUCAGUCAACAUGGAAGCCCGCUGGCUCACCACCUCUCCAUCCUCGCCACCAUCCCAUCGCAACAUUCGCGACACUGACGAAUCCCAUGAGGUCCCGAACCUGCCUCUUGGCAAAACCGGCUCAACCAAACAUUCACCCGCCUCGCUGUCUCGUGCCAUAACCCUAUUGUCUCAGGUCAACGGGCCCCAGCGCGUCACCAAACACCUCGUUCUCGUAGCAGCCUCAGGACCGCUCACCCAUGGCUCUCCCAAUGAGAUGACGCCCUCUGGGUUUGAUCCCUGGGAUGACAUCGCUAACGUUCUCAAACAGCAAUAUAUCCGCCUCCACGUUAUCCUCAGCAUCGGCGCUGAAAUGCGGACAUACCACGAGCUUUUCAAGCGAUCGCUUCAACUGCAGAACAACUCCGAGGUGCCUACCUGGUUUGGCGUCGACCCCCAACGAUUCUCCAUCCGAUUAUCAGGCAGACCGCAAUACGUCCGGAGUGCAUCCGCGCAACCCGUCAUGCUCGUCGCGCCCGUGAUCCAGGACGAUCCAUACAGGAACACGAGCCCCCCGACAUCCUCACCCGCCCCCGUUUCUCCGCCCUCCACCGCACCCUCUCCGAGCUCCCCGCCACACACCGCGUCGCCGGCAGUCACGGCCACGAGCCGACGAUCGUCAACGUCCCCCACCACGUCGCGCACACGCCCACGCGCGGACUCGUCCCACUCCUCUCCCGGCGCGCAGGAGAGCGGGCCCAUGCUCGUCUCGUACCUGCAGCAGAUGCACGGCCUGACGAAGAAAAAGAGCUACGGGAUCAAGGCCCCCAAGAAGACGUACGCGGACGCGCCCGUCUCCGCCGCAGGCCGCCCCAUCCUCCCCCGCCUGGACGUGCCCCAGUCGCAGUCGGACAUCUACACCUACCCCUCCUUCGACCCGCCCCCGCAGCCCCCGCUCCCAGCGCACGCCGCGUCCGACUCGCAGCUCCCCACGCUCUCCUCGUUCGCCGGCCGCGCGGACCCGAACCAGGCGCACGCCGCCACCCCGCGCCGCCACUCGCUCGAGCAGAUCCCGCCCGCCGCCGCGCGCUCGGGCUCCACUCUCGUCGUGCGCUCGGGCCCCGACGACCGGCGCGUGCGCCUCGCGGGGCGCGGGGGGCCCUACAGCCCGUGGCUGCCGAUCGGCGCCCCGUCCUCGACGCCGUCCUCCCCGACGACCGCGACGGGCAGCAACCCGGGCACGAUGGCGGCGCUCCAGAGCCUCGCGACGAUGACCCCGCGCCUGCCCGACUUCGUCACCGCGCAGGGCUCCGGGAUGGGUAUGGGUAUGAGCAUGGGCAUGAGCAUGGGCAUGGACCGCCCGCUCGCGCCGCACCAGCCGCUACACGGCGCAGGCGCGGGUCCGCCCCUCGCGGCAGGGUUCCCGGUCGGCACGCCCGUCACCGUCGGCCCGGUGCAGGCGUACCCCGGCGUGACGUCCCCCGCGUGGAUGCGCAACGGGAACGUGCAGGCGCAGGUUCAGGCGCAGGCGCAGCCCAUGUCCGCCGCGAGCCCGACGCACGCGCGCUUCCAGCCGUCGCCCACCGCGUCCGGGCUCAGCGCGUCGUCCCCGCGCAGCAGCUCCGCGAGCGCCGCCGCCGCGGUGGCUGCUGCUGCUGCGGCGGCGGCGGCCGAGGCGGAGGACCAGCCGUUCCUCGUCUCGCCCGAGUACGUCGCGGACGUGCAGGCGCGCUUCAUGGAGUCCGUGCGCUCGGGUGAGAUGCAGGCGAGCAUGACGCCCGCGAUCCACGCCGCG